AUGAUGGAAAUUUCCAACAAUUUGACAUCACCAUUUCCCACAUUCCAUCUGAUGGGUAUCCCAGGACUGGAAGAGGUCCAUGCUUGGGUCUCCUUUCCUUUCUGUUGUCUCUAUGCCAUUGCCCUUUUGGGAAACAGCAUGAUCCUGUUUGUUAUUAUGAGAGAUCAGAGCCUCCAUGAGCCCAUGUACUAUUUCCUUUCCAUGCUGUCAGCUACUGACUUGGGGUUGACCAUUUCCACAAUGUCAACAACACUGAGCCUCCUUUGGUUUGAUGCCAAAGUGAUAACCUUAGAUGGUUGUGUUGUCCAGAUGUUUUUCCUUCAUGGGUUCACCUUGAUGGAGUCUGGGGUCUUGGUGGUGAUGGCUUUUGAUCGAUUUGUGGCCAUCUGUGAUCCUUUGAGAUACACCACCAUCCUCACCAAUGCAAGGAUCACACAAUUAGGUAUGGUAAUGAUCAUCCGUAUGAUAGUUCUAAUGCUGCCCUUGCUUUUGCUAUUUAAGAGACUGUCCUUCUGUGGUUCUAAUGGUCUUUCUCAUUCCUACUGCUACCACUCUGAUGUGAUUAAGUUGUCAUGCUCAGAUACCAGAGUCAAUAGUAUGUUUGGGUUAGUAGCUCUCAUCCUGAGUACAGGGAUUGACACACCAUGCAUUGUGCUCUCCUACAUCCUGAUCAUUCGCUCUGUCCUUGGUAUAGCAUCCCCUAAAGAACAACACAAGGCUUUCAGUACCUGUGCAUCUCACAUUGGGGCUGUUGCAGUCUUUUAUAUCCCCAUGAUUAGCCUAUCCCUGGUGCAUCGUUAUGGUCAACUGGCUCCCAAGUUUGUACAUACAAUGAUGUCCAACAUCUACCUUUUGCUUCCACCUGUGCUCAACCCCAUUAUAUACAGUAUGAAAACAACCCAGCUCCGCAAGGUGGUGGGCAAAUUACUCUUUGCAAAGUAG